AUGGAAGCUAAACAGCAGCAGAAGGAGCUGCCUGCGGGGCCAGCAGCAGCAGCUGCAGCAGCAGCUGCUGCUGCUCCGGACAAGCCUCAGCCGAAUUCGGUGUCCCCAGUCUCAGAGCAGCAGCAGCAGCAGCAACAACAGCAGCAGCAGCAACAGAACCAGCAGCAGCAGCUGCUGCAGCUGCAUGGGUCAGUUCCCGCUGUGCCCAACGCGCUGCAGGGCCCUCUGCUGCUGCAGGCAGCAGCGUUGCUGCUAGCUGCGCAGCAGCAGCAGCAGCAGCAGGGAGAACAGCCAAGUGCAGCAGCACUACUUGAAGCAGCAAGCAGCUACCCCAGUGGCUAUCUAAGCAACUGCAGCAGCAGCGGGAGACUCACCAGCAACUGCAGCAGCGGCAGCAGCGGCAGCAGCAAAAGCGACUUGUUGCGGCUGCCCUCCAUCACCCUCAACCUUUCUGGCAGCAACGAGCAGCAGCAGCAGCAGCUGCAGCAGCAGCAGCAGAAGCAUUUUGAAAACGCAGCAGCAGAGGACACAGCGGGCAGCAACGCCAGCAGCCGCUUCAUCAGCAUCAGCUGCACAGAAUCGCCCAGAAGUACGCAGCAGCAGCAGCAGCAGCUGCUGCAGCAGCAUCUGCAGCAGCAGCCGCAGUUGCUGCUGCCGGGAGCAUCGCCUUCUGAUCGAGAUGGCAGUAUGGGGCAUAUGGAGCUGCUGCGGCUGCAGCAGCAACUGCAGCAGCAGCAUCAGCUCGAGCUGCUGCAAGGCCCCUUUUCUGUUGGCGAGAAAGCAGCAGAAGUCCGUGAUAUCAGCAGCAACUCCGCAAACAGCAGCAGCAGCAGUAGCAGCAGCAAUACAGCUGACCAGGAGCAGCAGCAGCAGCUGCAGCAGCUGCAGCUGCAGCAGCAGCAGUUGCAACAGCAACAACUGCAGCAGCAGCAGCUGCAGCAGCAACAGCUUCAGGAACAAGCGCGUUUUGCUGCUGCAGAGGAUGAAGCCCUCGAAGCGCUGCAGCAGCAAGAGCAGCGUGAACGAGAGGAGUCGCAGCUCCUGGAGCAGCAGCAGCAGCAGCUUCUGCUGCAGCAGCAGCAAGACUUUGCAAGCCAGUGGGAACAGCAGCAGCAGCAGCACGAGCAGCAGCUGCUGCAGCAGCAGCAAGAGUUCUUCCAGCAGCAGCAGCACCAACAUCAAGAUUUUGAUGACCACGAGGAGCUGCAGCAGUGGCAGCUGCAGCAGCAGCACAUGCAGCAGCAGCUGCAGCACGAUCACGAAGGGCAGCAGCAAAUGCAGCAGCAGAUGCAGCAGCAGCAGCAAGUCGAGGAUCAGCCAGUAAAGGGCAUAGAGAAUUUUGAGGAGGCAGUUGAAAGGCAGCAGCAGCAGCUGCUACAGCAGCUGCAGCAGCAGCAGCAAGACGAAGAGUUGCAGCAAUGCUGCUGCUGUCUCAGAAACUUUGCUGCUUCUCGCAUUGAGAAGCACAUUAAGAUAUGCGAAGCAGCUCAAACCCAAAUGCUGCUGAAGCAGCAGCGGCAGAGGCAGAAGCAGCAGCAGCUGGAGCAGCAGAAGCAGCAGCGGCUGCGGCAAGAGUUGCAGCUGAGGCAGCUGCAGGAGGAGCAGCAGCGGGAGCAGCAGCGCCAGCUGCUAUUGAAGCAGCAAGCAGUCAAGCAAAGGAGAGAUGCUGCAGCAGCAAAGGCUGCUGCAGCAGCACGUUGGGCUGCUGCUCGCAGUGGCAACAGCAGCAGCAGCAGCAGCAACAUCAGCAGCGGCGUCGACAGCAGGCAGCGCACAGAUGAGACCCGCAGCAGCAGCAGCAGCAACAAAAGCAACACGAGCAAGAAACUCCCCGAUUCUGCUGCUGGUGCUGCUUCUCGUGGCUCUGCUGCAGAGACAACGAAGCAAGAGGAGAGCAGCAGCAGCAGCAGCAAAAGCAGCAGCAGCAGCAGCAGCAAUGGCAGCAACAGCAAAAGGACAUUUCUUGCAGGAGACCGCCGAGCUUCCAAAGAAGACAAAACAGCAGAAGCACCAGAACGGCCUUCCCGGGUAGCAGCUGCAGUAGCGGCAGCAGCAGCAGCACCAACAGCAACAGCAGCAGCGAACGUAGAAGGCCGCAGUUUAGCUGCUGAUGCUGCUGCUGCUGCCGUAGCUGCUUUGCCUGGGCCCUCUGCUGCGGCUGUUGCUCCCACUGCAGCAGCAGCUGCCGCUCCAGAAGAGACAGCAGCGCACACUGCUGCAGCAGUAGCUGCUGCUGCUACUGCUGCUGCUGCAGCAGAGGAGGAACCUCCUCUGGGGAUUAGCUGCUUAAGCAGCUCCCCAGGAGAUCCACCUCCGCUGCAGCAGGGCAGCAGGAGCAGCAGCAGCAGCAAGAAAAACAGCAGCAGAAAAAGUAGCAGCAGCAGGGCAGCCAGUAGCAGAUUCACUAGCAGCUGCAGCAUAGACCUAGAAAGUCUGCGCGAGCAGCAGCAGCGGUGUCAGCAGCAGCAACAGCUGCAGCAGGACGAAGAGCUGCAAAAGCAGCAGCAGACCCAUUUGGAGCAGCAGAAGCUCAAACAGCAGCAGCUAGUUACAGAAGACACGAGACUGCAGCAGCAGCACGUCCCUCAACAGCUGCAGCCGCGGCAGCAGCAGCAGCACGAGCUGCAGCAGCAGCAGCAGCACGAGCACGAGCAGCAGCAGAAGAAAACAUCUACCUGCGGACGAACUGACCUACAGAGAGCAAAGCCUCAGGACAGGUGGCGCCUAAUGCCCGCUGAGCGCUGCCCCUUGUGCUCGCGGCGCUUUUGUUUGAAGUCGGUGGACCGCCACAUAGAAGUUUGUAGACAGAGGCAGAAGGAGAUGGGGCACAGGCUGCCGCAGCAGGCCCAGCCAGCAGCAGCAGCAGCAGCAGCAGCAGCAGCAGUGGGGGCAGGUGGGGGCUUGCAGAGGCAGGCCUUGAAGGUCCCCGCCAGGCGAGGCCGCAGCGCCGGGGGGCCUGCAGGCGCUCAGCCUCUCGCGCUCCCCAGCAGCAGCAGCAGCAGCAGCAGUAGCAGUGAUCAAAGACUCGCAGCAAUGGGGCAGUUAGCUGCUGCGGGGUCUCGUGCGCACCUGCAACAGAAGCACCGAAGGCAGCAAGUGCUGCAGCAGCAGCAGCAGCAGCAUGGCGGCUUCUGUACACGCACAAGCUUCAAACAACAGUUGAAAACGCACUCCUUUUCAUGCGAUAGCUACAGGCGACAGCAGCAGCUGCUGCUGCUGCUCAAGCCAGAAGAGCAGCAGCAGCAGCAAGACGCCCUCAUUGCAAGCACUUGCCGCAAGCUGGACACUACAAUUAGAAGCAGCAGCAGCAACGUUCGCUGCAGCAGCAGCGGCAGCAGCAGCAGCAGCAGGAAAAGCGGCAGCGCGUCAGCAGCAACAUGUGAAGGUGGCUUUGCCUCCAGCAAGCUCGGUCAGGCCGAGUCUGCUGCUGCUGCUCCUGCUGCUGCUGCUGCUCCUGUUGCUGCUGCUGCUGCUGCCGCUCGACUGCGCAGCAGCAGCUGCAGCAGCCCUGUUGUGUCUCCGCUGACGCUUCCGGCAAGUGUCGAAGCCUUCUCCGGAAGCAGCAGCAGCAAAGCAACAGCUAGGCAAACGCCUCGCAGCCCACGCUCAGCAGCAGAAGCAGCAGCAGGAGCAGCAACUGCAGCAGCAGCAGCAAAACGGCUGUCUGCCCAAAAGGCUCUGUGCGUCAAGGGCCGUUGCGGCCGCUGCGGAGGCCUCUCCCUAGAUGCAGCGCAGCAGCAGCAGCAGCAGCAGCAGCAACAGCAGCAGCAAGAGGUGAAGACUGCAAGAUGGCCUUCAGGAGGCCCUGCCCUAGAGAAACAGCAUGCAUGCACUAGUGGCAGGAGCAGCAGCAACAGCAGCAGCAGCAGCAGCAGCAGCAGCAGUGAUAGUGGCAAAGCUACUGAACGGAUACCGGCGCUUUGUCGCCCUCAGCAGCAGCAGCAGCAGCAGCAGCGGCUGGAGCAGUUCGUCCAAGAGCAUCAGCUGCUGCUGCAACAGCAGCGAGGCCUUGGAGAUCGUGAAAUUGAGCAGCAGCAGCGGCUGCAGCAGCUGCAGCAGCAGCUUCACCAGCAGCAAGAAAGGACAGUGACCCUUACCUCUUCUUUAUGCGAAUCAGAGGCGCAGCAGCUACAGGAACUGCAGCAGCAGCAGCAAAAGCUGCUGCAGCUGCAGCAGCAGCUGCACCAGUCGACCUCUACAGAUCGUCUCAGCAGCGCUGACAAGGCUGCAGCAGCAGCAGUUCCUCCUCUGCAGCUGCAGCAGCAGCUGCAGCAGCAGCUGCAUCCCAACAUGCAACAGAUGCAGCAGCAGGUCCAGCAGCAACUGCAAACGAAUGAACGGCAGCAGCUGCAGCAGCAGCAGCUACAGAAGCAACAGCAGCAGCAACGAGCCGUUCUUCUUAAACAGCUUGCUGCAGCAGAGCCAAUGCAGCCCUCGCAGCUCCCCGCUCCCCCCGGCAUGGGCAACAGCAGCAACAGCUGCAGCAGCUUCAGCAGCAGCUGCAGCAGCAGUAGCUGCAGCAGCAGCCGGCAGCAAAGUGCUGCGUCUCUUGAAGCAGCAGCUUUUGAAGCCGGUGCAGCCCGUGGUGCUUCUGCAGCGGGAAGGAGUUUCCAUCAGCUGCAGCUUCAGCAGCAGCAGCAGCUGCAGCAGCAGCAGCAGCAGCGGCCACUUAAACUCGGUGAAGCGCAGCGCCUUCGCUUGAUGCAGCAGCAACCGCUACCAGAACUCAGCCACUUCGAAAGGCAACAAACUCAGCCGCAGCAGCAGCAGCAGCAGCGGCAGCAGCAGCAGCAGACGGCAACCCUCGUGAGGAGACAGCGCAGCUUCUCUUCUCGCGAAGCAUCUAUUUCGCGGUAUAUCUCAAUGGAGGCUUCGGAGCAGCAGCAGCAGCAGCAGAAGCAAGGGCUGCUGCAGCAGAGCAGCAAGCAACUCCAGACACGGGAGCAGAUUAGGCAGCUGCUGCAGCAGCAGCAGCUCCAAGUGCUGCAGCACCAAGCGGCUGCACAGCAGCUACCCAGUAUCCCUCAACAGAUCUCCGUGCAGCAGCAGCAGCAGCCAACACUGCAACAGAAAGUACAGAAGCAGCAGCAGCAACUGUUGCUGGGGAGGACGCAGCUGCUUGCCAGGGCGCAGCAGCCAACCCAGCAGUGGGGCUCGCUGAGGGAGCAGCAACUGUUGCAGCAGCAGCAUCAGGCGCAGCAGCAGCAGGCGCAGCAGCAGCAAAUGCUGGAGAGCAGCUGGGCAGCUGCUGCACCCAGCACGCCCCAAGACACCCGCUACGGCUGCUUCCCGUUGCAGCAGCAGCAGCAGCCUGCUUUGCUGCAGACCAUGAGGCAGCAGCAGCAGCACCCUCAGUAUAUGCAGCAGCAGCAGCAGCAACUGGGUCGCCACUACACGCAAACAGUGCACCUGCAGCAACAGCUCCCGCCGCCGCAGCAGCAGCAGCUAGGGCACCACUACAUGCAGUCACUUAACCAGCAGCAGCAGCAGCAGCAGUUGCUGCAGCAGCAGCAGCAGCACUGCACGCCUGUACAGCCUCGCCAUUACCUCUCGCCACUUCAACAGCAACCUUGGGCAAGGCAGCAGCAGCAGCAGCCGUUCCUGCAGCAGCAGCAGCAGCUACUGCUGCAGCAGCAGCAGCCCCGGGUCCUGCACAGCAGGUCACUUGUUUUAGAGGAGAGGCAGCCAGUGCGGAAGACUUUAUCUCUUGUAACUGACUGCUACAGGCCUGCUUCUGGUGAAGCAGCAGCUGCUACAGCAGCAGCAACAGAAAUGAACAACUGUGGAUACUGGCAGCAGCAACUGCAGCAGCAGGAAGGGCACAUGCUGCAGCAGCAGCAGCCAACAGCAGCACACAACUAUCCCCCGGGACGAGGCACCCCGCUUAUUCCGUCCUUGCCACAGCAGCUGCAGCAGCAGCAGGAGCUGCAGCAGCAACUGCUGCUGCAGCAACAGCAGCACGCGCAGCAGCAGCAGCUGCUCACGCAAACGCUUAGGCCGCAGCUGCAGCAGCACGCCGCUCCCUACUAUCGGCAGCAGCAGCAGCAGCAGCCACAAGCGGCAACAGCAGCGCCUCACUUUGUAGUAAACUAA